UGUGCCCUGCCCUGCCUGUGCCCUGCCUGUGCCCUGCCCUGCCUCUGCCCUGCCUGCCCUGCCCCGCCCUGCCCAUGCCGGCUCCGCGCCCCGGCACCCGCUGGGUGACCAGUUUCUUCUCCUACGAGACCACCAAGUCGGUGGUGGUGAAGAGCUGGGUGGUGGGGGCCAUCAACCGCGGCGUGCAGCUCCUCAUCCUCGCUUACUUCGUGGGCUGGGUGUUCCUCCAUGAGAAAGCCUACCAGGUGCGGGACACUGUCAUCGAGUCUUCGGUGGUGACCAAAGUCAAGGGCAUCGGGCGCUAUGCCGGUCGGGUGCUGGACACGGCCGACUACGUCACCCCCCACCAGGGCACCUCGGUGUUCGUGGUGGUCACCAAGCAGAUCCUGACGGAGAACCAGGUGCAGGGCAUCUGCCCAGAGAGCGAAGCCGAGUACCGCUGCACGGCCGACCAUGACUGCCGGGGCAAGAACCCCGCCACAGGCAGCGGACUGCUCACGGGGCGCUGCGUCCCCUACAACCGGACCCUGCACACCUGUGAGAUCCGGGGCUGGUGCCCGCCUGAGGUGGACACCGUGGAUGUACCCGUCAUGCUGGAGGCCGAAAACUUCACCCUCUUCAUCAAGAACAGCAUCCGCUUCCCACUCUUUGGUUUUGAGAAGGCCAACCUGCCGCCUCCCGGCAGUGGGGGGCAGCUGGGACGGUGCCGGUUCCACCCCGAGCGGCAGCCCCUCUGCCCCAUCCUGCGGCUGGGGGACGUGGUGCGCCUCGCCGGGCAGGACUUCCCCACGCUGGCCGCCACCGGGGGAGUGCUGGGCAUCAAGAUCGGGUGGGUGUGCGACCUGGACCGUGCCUGGGAGCACUGCCUGCCCCGCUACUCCUUCACCCGCCUGGAUGGCCUCGCCCGCCCCCCGGCCCCUGCCACCGGCUACAACUUCAGGCACGCCCGGUACUACCGCUGGCAGGAUGGCACCGAGCGCCGCACGCUCACCAAGGCCUUCGGCAUCCGCUUUGACGUCCUGGUGUACGGCAAUGUACGUGUGGGGCACAGCCCCCGUGGGGGCCACGGUGGGGGGACGCCUCCCCGUGACAGGGGUCUCUGCACCCGCAGGCUGGGAAGUUUGGUAUCAUCCCCACCCUCAUCAACACGGUGGCAGCUUUCACCUCCAUCAGCGUGGUGCCAGCAGCCGGUGUGCCCAUGGCCCCCACCAGCCCCACGGAGUGUCCCCCUGGGGCACUGGGGCUCUGCAGCCGGGACAAGCAGUCCACCGACUCAGGGGCCUUCUCCCUCGGCCUCUAGCCCUGGGCGCUGUGGGGCAGCCCCCCACCUGCCCCCCACUGCAGGGCACCCCUGUCUGCACCCGGCCGGAGGGGGCCCCACCGUGCUCCCCUCCAGCCCCCCCACGGCUGGCACCCCCUUUCCCAGGCUGUCGGUGGGACCAGGCACAGGGGACGUGGGACGGCGGGAGUGAGGCUGGUGGCCAUGGGACAGAGGUGGCAGUGGGGACAAUGUUGGGGCCAUGGCGGUGGCAGCAGGGGCAGAGGGGACCAGGCACCGGGUGGCACUGGGGUAGCAGAGGGACAGCAGGGGCAUGAAGGGUUAGAGGGGCAGGAUGGGGGUCCGGGACAAGUGGUGGCCUCAGGGAUGGCAGAGGGACAUGGGGGAUGUUGGGGGAUGACACAGGGGAUGUGGGGAGGAUGGGGUGACACUGGGGGUGGCAGCGGGACACAGGGCUCCAGGGACGUCCCACAGGGGCCACCCAGGUGGGCACUGGGGCUGGGGUGCUCAGGGUGUGCAGACAGGGGACAGCCCUCGGGUAUCACCCUGCUGUGCCUGUGCACCCAGUGCCACCGUGGGAAUCUGGCCCCCUGCCACAGCCUCCUCACCUGCAUCGGGGCCUUUGCCUGCAGCCACACUCCUACUGUGCUGUCCCAGCAUCCCCAGUGUCCAUCAUUGGGUGCCCCAGACCUGUCCCACUGUCCCCAGUGCUCCCCUGCGUGCCCCAGCCCUGUCCCAGCACCUGCAGUGCCCCACCCCAGGCGUCCCAGCCCUGUUCCAGGGUGCCCCAGCCCCAUUACCCCGCCCCUGCCCAGGUGCCCCAGGUGCCCCUCAGCAGGUGCCACCCCACAUCCCCCUGGUCCCCACUGCUGCCACAUCUAUGGCCAAGGGGGCUCGGGGGGGCGUCUGGGCUGGGUGCUGCUUCCCGGGGCAGUGGGUGCUGUUGGGUGCCAGAAGCGACCCCCGCCUCCCCAGAAGAUGGGUGCUGGGGACACGUGGGCUCAGCCCCCUCGGUGCACCCCACUUCUGUGACCCCUCCCAGCACCUCCCCACUCCCAGCCAGCUGGACCCCCCCACCCCAAUAAACCUUUGGCUCACAGCA